CGGGUCAGCGGAGGAGAGCGGGUAGGAGUGUGGUGCCUGGGCCAGCUGGCAGUGUGACUGAGGAAUAUAAAAAGUGAUCGUGACCUUAAAAGCAUGGAACAAGUGAUGGAUACUACUGCAAGUGGCUUAUACGUCUUUCAAAGUGCUUUAUUAAGUGUGUGACAAGUGUACGUAGAGGAAAGCAGGAGGACAUUACCUGCGGGAACCUUAUGCAAGCCACAACAGGAAAUUUCCCCCGACGCUGUCAAGCAGCUGUGGUGAGCAAGGUUGCAGAGGUAGGGAAGGGUAGCAGGAGUGGUGCUUGUGAUCGUCCAUAAACCUACCUAGUGAGGUGAGAUCCGGCACCUGGCAUCAGACGCUGAGGGCCUCCAGAGGCACCGUGACGGGACUGAGGGCCUCCAAAGGCACCGUGACGGGACUGAGGGCCUCCAGAGGCACCGUGACGGGACUGAGGGCCUCCAAAGACACCGUGACUCUGAGUUCCUCCGGGCGGCAUUAUCCUGGAACCAUGGUUCUUCAUCUGCUGCUCUUGACAGGUUCCGCCGGAACCGCCCACAGGGGCGCCGGAACCACCCACAGGGGCACCAGAACCGCCCACAGGAGCACCGGAACCACCCACAGGGGCACCAGAGCCGCCCAGCACGCCCAGACGACAGAGAGGACGAGGUCGACAACGCCCCGGCCACCAGCGCGGUAGAGGCCGCGGGCGCCGUCUUAACAACAGGGAGGGAGCAGUGCCCGAGGUGGCCCAGGUGGAGGACCCAGUACCCGAGAUAGAAGCCCCAGUACCCGAGGUAGAAGCCCCAGUACCCGAGGUAGAAGCCCCAGUACCGGAGUUGACUCAGGUUGACCAACAACAGCAGGACCAGCAGAUCGUCGUCGCCUACAACAUCGUCGAGUCCUCCUCCACCAUCAAGGACAACCUCAAGGAGCAGAGAGUCAAGGGAGAGGCCAAAGGCUCCCGGAGUGAAGCGACCAGAGGCAGGGUGCCGGCAGAGGACACCAAAGAGGAGAGACUGAAGAGACUGGAAAAGAUACGAGAGAGGAAGCGGAGGAGAAAGGAGAGGAAGCAGCAGCAGAAGAAGACCAAGAAGCCGCAGACAGUGAGAGGAAGGAAGGGGAAGACUCAGCAGCAAGAAGGGAGAGGGGCGGUGGAGACGGGGUCGUCGAGCGAGGCGCCCCUGACCACCACCACCACCACUACCACUACCACCACCAUCCCCCCACCAGUGACCCAGACUCCUGCCAGCGUCGCAAGAGGAGGCGAAGAAGACCCCGAGAGACGGGCGAGAAUCGAGAGGAGAAGAGAGAGGAAUAGGAAGAGGAAGGAGGAGAAGCAGAAGAAGAGAGAUCGCAAGAGACGCAAAGGAAAGAAGGGAAAAGCACAAGAGGAGCAGCAGACUACAGGUGUGGAGGCUGUGGACCGGUCAGUGAACGAGGUGAACCAGGCUGCAGGAGGCGUGGCAGACACGCAGACAGUGGAGGAGCGCGGGAGGAACCUUAGUACUAUCCUGCAGAGCAGACGAGAGAAGAGGAGGAGGAAAGAACGAAGAAAAAAGAAUACUGAACAAGAGAAGAAGAGCGAUAAACAAGGUAAAGGAGGAAGGAAAAAUCGAAAGAACAGGAAAAAGAAUAGUCGAGAUGAGAGCGAAAGUCGAUUAGAAAACAACCUGAAUACAUGGGACACGAACAGCGACGGGCCCAGCGUGACCGCUAGCGAAGGAGGCAACGAUCAGAUCGCCAACGAAGUCCUCCCAAGCCUACACGAACAGAAGAAUAAGAUCAAAAUAAAGCGCCCUCCAACUGACAGCAGCUCUACGGGGAGCCUACUUGGAAAUUCUGACGAUGACAGUGAGGUAUCGGAGGCGUCUUCGUCUGCAACCACGACCACCUCCAGCGUAGCCACCACCUCAGCCGACAAACCACAAGUGUCUUCUGGCUAUCCUAAGGACUCGACGUACUCUGCCGUGGAGCCUCAGUACACCAUCGAAGGGCGCGAAGCUGAGGGCACCAUUGUUGACUUUGUCCCGGAGUCGCCGUCAUCAUCCCUAUACAGCGGAGACGACAUAUUGAGCACGGCAGAGGAAGACUUCAUCACCGACUUCGAGAAAAGCAUAGACUCUUUGCCUGCGGAACACAAGAAGACGAGAAAAGGAAAGAAGAAGUCAGUUGGUGAAACUCCAGUUAAGCAUGAAGACGGUACAAGAGGUGAGUACCCUGGUGGAGAUGACGACUACAGCUACCUGGACGAGAUGGACAUCUACAGUGAAAAUCCUAGGAGUUACUCUAACGAAGUUGAGGACAAGAAUGGGGGCGAGCUUCCCGAGGGCCUCCCCGAGGGUUACCCGACAGACAGGUUGCUGGGUGAUGGAGGAAAUUCCCAGAAUACCAGGUUCGUCGAGACUGAGGAUAUCAACUUCGCCGAGCUGGACCAGUCAUGCGUCAUCUCCGAGGCUGACGGCAUCUACCUCCCUCCACCGAGGGUCAGGAGGGCCCGCGUCACAGCCUUCCACACCGUUACCAAUCCAGCUCCCCCCAACAACAAGUACGCAGAGGCGGUAUAUGAGUGUGAGUUCGGCUACAGGUUGGGCGAGGACUUCAGUAACCGACUCUUCUGCAGGAGAGACAAGUGGCUGGGGAUUCUCCCUACCUGCGUCGCAUACGCUCACCAGGCCACCAGCGGGGCAUGCGGCUCUGACAACGGCGGGUGUCAGCAGAUCUGUGAGCCCACCUCCUCUGGCAGUCAGUGUCUCUGUUACAAGGGCUUCACCCUCGCUGAAGAUGGCUCCUCCUGUCAAGAUGUGGACGAGUGUGAAGUUAACAAUGGUGGGUGCGAAGGUGCCUGCUUGAACAAGCUGGGUUCGCAUCAGUGUCGCUGUGCCAAGGGUUACAGUCUCGCCACUAAUGGCAGAUCCUGUAUUGAUAGAAAUGAAUGCCUGUUAAGGAAUGGUCAUGGACCCUGCCAGGACACAUGUCACAAUACUGAUGGUGGCUACUACUGCACUUGUGAUAAUUUACCAGGAACACAUUUGGGAUCCGACAAUCACACCUGUGAAGAUGAGGAUGAGUGUGCCAUUAACAAUGGAGGCUGCUCUCACAUCUGUCUUAACACCUUUGGUCAGAUUUUCUGCACUUGUCCUGAAGGAUUUGUCAUGGCCAUGGACUGGAAAACAUGUGAUGAUGUGAAUGAGUGUGAAUACGAAGAUGUAUCAAGUAAGUGUGAGUACGGCUGUAUCAACACCCAGGGCGGCUACCAUUGUGCUAAUGCUGAUGAACUGGUUCAGACACUUGAGUGUCCUCCUGGCCUCAUGUCCACUGAGGAUGGCCUCAGCUGCAAGGAUGUGAACGAGUGUGAGAACGACAACUUUGGUUGCUCUCAUGCCUGUAUCAACACCCACGGUCAUGCUCACUGUUCCUGUCCUACUGGCUUCAGCCUUGCACGUGACAAAAAGUCUUGCCAUGAUGUUGACGAAUGCUCGAAGGACCACAAAUGUUCUCAUGGGUGUGACAACACUGAGGGAUCCUUCAUCUGUACGUGCCCUGAUGGCUUCAUGUUAGCACCUGAUUUUAUAUUAUGUGUAGAUAUAGAUGAGUGUUCGGGGGGCCACGAUUGUUCCCAUGGAUGUGACAACACUGAGGGAUCCUUCACCUGCACCUGUCCUGAUGGCCUUGUACUGGCAUCUGAUCUCAUCACUUGCACAGAUACCGAUGAGUGUUCAGAGGACCACGGCUGUUCCCACGACUGCGUCAACACUGAGGGAUCCUUUAUUUGCACAUGCCCUAGUGGCUUUAUGCUGGCAUCUGAUCAGGUCUCCUGUGUUGAUACCGAUGAGUGCGCAAAGGACCAUAAAUGCUCUCAUGGUUGCAACAACACCGAGGGCUCGUUCACUUGCACCUGUCCCGGUGGCUUAACAUUGGCACCUGACAUCGUCACGUGUAUUGACAUAGAUGAGUGUCAAGAUGAUAAUGGAGGAUGCGAACAGAUCUGUGUAAACCUUGAAGGAUCAUACAAGUGUGACUGUGAAGAAGGUUAUGUCAUGGCCAACAACGUCACCUGCAUUGAUGACGACGAGUGUAUUGACGACAAUGGUGGCUGUGAGCAGAAAUGCAGCAAUGAGCAAGGUUCUUACUCCUGCUCAUGUUUCCCUGGAUAUGUGCUUGAAAACACUUAUGACUGCAGUGAUAUAGAUGAAUGUGAAGAGGAUAACUUUGGUUGCUCUGACGACUGCAUCAAUACCAGCGGUGGUGCUCACUGCUCUUGUCCCACUGGUUUCAUCCUCUCCAAAGACAACAAGACAUGCCAUGACAUUGAUGAAUGCUUACAUGGUAUGAAGUGUUCCCAUGGGUGCAAGAAUAUCAAUGGAUCAUUCUCCUGCACCUGUCCUGAAGGCCUUAUUCUCUCACCUGACUUUAUUUCAUGCCUUGAUUUGAAUGAAUGUGCAACCAACAAUGGAGGAUGUGAACAGAUAUGUGAAAAUUUUGAAGGCUCGUUCUUCUGUGACUGUGAGGAAGGGUACACAAUCUCGUCUGAUGAUGUAUCUUGUCUUGAUGUCAAUGAGUGUGCUGAGAACAAUGGUGGAUGUCAGCAGGAAUGUGUGAAUGACCAAGGAUCAUUCUCAUGCUCAUGCUAUGCUGGUUAUGAGUUGGAGGAUGACUUUCACUGCAGUGAUAUAGACGAAUGCUACCUACAGCUGUCAGAGUGCCAGCAUGACUGCCUUAAUCUUCCAGGCAGUUACGACUGCCUCUGUCAUGAUGGUUUUGAGCUUGCCUUAGAUAACCACACCUGUAUUGACAUUGAUGAGUGUGGUGCUGACAAUGGUUGCUCACAUUUCUGCACCAACCACAAUGGCUCGUAUACUUGCCACUGCCCACCUGGGUUAACCCUCCAUGAUGACGAACAUGCUUGCAGUGACAUUGAUGAAUGCCAAAAAGAUAACGGCGGCUGUACACAUACAUGCUCCAAUUUUGAUGGUGGCUAUGAAUGCCUCUGCCCUGAAGGAUUACAACUCCUGAAGGAAGGAAGUGCCUUUGAGAAGCUCCAUGUUUGCAUUGAUGUGGAUGAAUGUCAGGAUAAUAAUGGUAACUGCACUCAUCAGUGUCAUAAUUUUGAGGGUGGCUAUGAGUGUAAAUGUCCGGAAGGAUUUACUUUCAGUGAACAAGAGAACGAAUCUGAAAAUCUUCACGAGUGUGUUGAUGUCAAUGAAUGCCGAGUUAAUAAUGGGGGAUGUAGCCAUUUCUGUGUUAAUACUGAAGGUGGAGUGGAAUGUCAGUGUCCUAAGGGAAUGAAACUUUCUGAGGCAACAGUGAACCAAACCCUGAAAUUGGAAUGUCAAGACAUAGAUGAGUGCUUAAAAGACAAUGGCGGUUGCAGUCAUUUAUGCGUCAACCUUCCAGGCACAUACGAGUGCAAGUGCCCCGAUGGCUGGCAACUUGAGGCUCCUCAUGAUUAUUUUAGCUAUUUUGAUGAAGAAGUUCCUAACUUUGAUAUUUUCAAUGAAGUUAUUUGGAGAAAGUGUGUUGAUGUGGACGAGUGCGAUGAGAACAAUGGAGGAUGUAGUCAUAGUUGUGAUAAUGAUAAUGGAGGUCACAGAUGCUCUUGCCCUCCAGGGUACUGGCUUGGAAAAGAUAACCUUACAUGCUAUGAUAUUAAUGAAUGCAAUGUUGAGCGUGGAGGGUGUUCACAUCAGUGCACUAACACGCACGGAUCCUUCAAAUGUUCAUGUCCCAGUGGUUUCAGACUGUUAGAUGUCACAAGAUGCCUUGAUAUAGAUGAAUGUAUAAGUGGCAAUGGUGGGUGUUCACAUCUGUGUGUAAAUCAAGUAGGAGGCUAUCACUGUACAUGCCCUCCUGGGCUCUUAAUGGAAGAUGACAAUACUACUUGCACAGAUGUAAAUGAAUGUGGAGAUGACAAUGGUGGGUGCUCACAUAACUGCCACAACCUCCAUGGCCGAUACACUUGCAGCUGCCCGUCUGGAUUCAUACUGGCGGAGGAUGGUCACACCUGUGAAGAUGAGAACGAGUGUAAAACAGAUAAUGGUGGAUGUUCUCAUAAGUGUUUAAAUAAAGAAGGAUCUUUCAAGUGCAAAUGUCCAUCUGGGCUCACCUUGGGCGUAGAUGGCCUUACUUGCCUUGACGUGAAUGAAUGCGGCAUCAAGAAUGGCGGCUGCUCUCACCAGUGUGCCAACCAUCAAGCUCAUUAUACCUGUCUUUGUCCUACUGGCUUUACCCUUGCCUUCGAUGAACAUACUUGCAUAGACAUUAAUGAAUGUGAUAUUGACAAUGGUGGCUGUAGUUACAAGUGUGUCAACACGGAGGGAAGCUACGAGUGCCACUGCCCAUUGGGCAUGGAACUUGGGAACAAACACAUCUGUCGUGAUAUUGACGAGUGUGCUGACGAUAAUGGUGGUUGUAAAGGCAAUUGUCAUAACACAAGAGGAUCAUACAGGUGUGAGUGUGGAAUUGGGUAUCGGCUUGGAGUGGACGGAAUCACCUGUGAGGACAUAAACGAGUGCAACCUUGCUAAUGCAGGAUGCUCACAUGGUUGUGUGAAUACUGAAGGCUCCUUUACUUGCACGUGCCCAGCAGGGUAUCAAAUUGCUCAAGAUUCGUAUACUUGUCUGGAUAUAAACGAAUGCCUUAGUUUACCUUGCCAGCACGACUGUUUUAAUACCCCUGGAUCAUUCUACUGCUCCUGUAGGCCCGGCUAUAAGUCAAAACCUGAUGCUGCUCACCAAUGCUGGGAUGUCAAUGAGUGUGAAGAGAGUAAUGCUGGUUGUGCCCAGGACUGUUUCAACAGUGUGGGAUCCUAUCACUGUGGCUGUUCAGAAGAUUAUGCACUUAGUGAGGAUCUACACUCCUGUGAUUAUAAGACAGUGUUCUGCCCAGUCAUAGUUGCUCCUUUACACGGUGAGAUGACCUGCUCAGAGGAACUGGUAGGUGGAGCGUACCCAAUGGGCACCACUUGCACCUUCUCAUGCUCCAGGGGUGCAGCACUCCAUGGAAAUGCCAAUACAACUUGCCUUCAUUCUGGAAUGUGGUCAUCUAAUCCAGUCACUUGCCAAGCGGUGAAAUGCUCAAUGCUAGCCGAGGUAGAGCAUGGAAGGGUGUCGCCAAAGAGGUGCAUUCGUCGCACGUCGGGUGUGGGUCAACACUGUUACUUAUCAUGCUCGUCUGGGUAUCGGGUGGUUGGCAACCCAGUACGUACAUGUCAGCCCAGUGGCACGUGGUCGCCAGAGGCUCCCAGCCCCUACUGUGAAAAAGACACCCUGAAGCCAUUUAUUCAGUGUCCCAGUGAUGUGACGGUUGACCUUGCCCCUCACCAGAACACUGCUUACGUCAGGCUUCCCCAACCCAAGGCCAAUGUGGAUUGGUUCAGAUAUGUCUCAGGAGUCCAGCAGAAGAGAGAGCAGGACCAGGACCCCACAAGCACAAGAUAUGUUGAUGCCGCUCCUGACUGGGCAAAGCAACUGGAGGCUGAUCUGCCAUCUGGGAAAACAAUGGUGACGUUUGUUGCCCGCUCUCCAGUUUCAGACGAGUCUGCUGCAUGCUCGUUCACUGUGGAAGUUGUGGAUAAAGAGGAUCCACAAGUAUUUGGCUGCCCAAAGUCUUUCAAUGUUCAUUUAUCAGAUGGAGAAGUGAGCUCUGAAGUAUUGUGGAAGGAGCCAGUCUUUAAAGAUAAUGUGGAAGUUGCUCACCUCUGGAAAUCUCUAGAGCCAGGCAGACGUCUAACUUCCGGGACGUAUCCAGUUCACUAUGUUGCCAUGGACCCCUACAGAAACCGGGCAAAGUGUUCCUUUACCAUCACAGUCCAGGCACGGAACUCCCAGUCUGCACACCCACCGUUCCAGGCCGACCAGGUGAAGGCUGUUUGCCCGGGUUUGAAUGGAGGGAAGCCCAUCCUAAUGUAUGCUUGGCGUGUUCCCCAGGGAUGCACCGUAGUGAGCAGCAACAACAAUGUUCGCCAUGCCCAGUGGGAACAUACUCACACAAGUACUCAAGUAAACGGUGUGAACAGUGUGGUGAUGGGGGUACGACAAUCGAAUCCGGGUCCAACUCACGCUCCCUCUGUCUUUACUCCGUUAGCCGUACAACAAAAUCAGCCUCAUCAUUCCUCACACAGAUUGCACAACGAAAGAAAACAUGGAAAUCACGGGAAACGUUUUCAUGGACGUAAUCCUGUACGAGGAGACAUAGCUUCCAGUGGUUAUCAAGACCUGACACCCAGUAGGUCAUUGGCAAGCCACUUCUUUGAGCAGUUCCCGCUCGCUGCUCUUCAGCCUGGAACCACAUUAGCAAUUGCCCACGCACACGCGAGAGGACCUAAUGCUCAUGCACAGGCUUCUGCACAAGCUAGAUUUCAUAACUUUGGAAAAUAACAAGAUAUAUUAAUAUAUUGGUUUUGGUUUUAAACUUAAAAGUUAGAUAUUACUCUGACUGUAAAUACUAAGAAAAAAUUAGCAAUUUUUAAUUAAUUGAUUUUUGAAAACUGGUAAGAAAUGCCUGUCUCAAUAAUGGCUUUUUUAAUAUUUGUUUAUAUAUUUGUGGAAGAUUCUUCAUUCUUUUCUGUAACUUUAAAAUAAUUGAGUUGUUAUAGUCAUAGCUGUAAGGUGUUCCUAAUUAUUUAUGUUAAAACAUUAUGAAGAUAACCUCUCGUUCCUUGCCAAGGAAAAACUACAAUAAUAAAAUGGAUGUGGUUAAGUCUUGAACUUUAUGAAAUUAGUACUCUGCAUCUUACUGAUAAAUGAUCAAGUAAAUGUUUACUUUGCAAGCUGACAAGUGUUUACCCUUGUCCUGUCACCUGAGAACCUCAACAACAACUGUUGCCAUUUAAUUAUGUAGUUUCUCCACCAGCCUUAUGGUAUAUACCUAUGUUACCCCAAGUCUCUCCCAUAGCUUUAUGAUUUACUUGUUGCCCAACAUUAAUUAUUCUCCUUAUUUAUUUAUUUGCUCUUUGUGAUUGUUUUGCAACAGUUACUGCAUAACUGAAAAGCUGCAUUUUUCUUUAUAUUUAAACUUGUUGGAUAAUAUCCUGUAAUAUACUUUGAAUAAGUAUUACAAGAGUAAAUUUAAAAUCAUGGCUAACAGCAUGACAGUCCAGGAUAAAGACAAAGAUUUGUCUCGGAAAUCAAAUUAAUUUAAAAGUGAAAACUCGCUGUGAACCAAAAACCCAUAAUUUGAAGAGAGAUGUGAAAAGUAGCAAGAGGCCUAACAACACAUUACAUAUUUUGAUUGACACCAUUUACCUAUUUAUUUCAAUACAAGUGUUAAUUUGCAUAUCAGGAUUUUAUGUAAAUUCCAUAUACUAUACAGUAAUAGCAGGGACUCUGCCAUAUUUUUAUCAGUUUUACAUGCAAAUAUUAAAUACACUAAUGCUAAUUUCUGAUAAAUCUGUUACACUGUAUUCAUGGUGGCUCCCUGAAGCUAUAUUGCUGAGAUUGCUACAGGGUGACAUUAGUUCACCUUGUAAUUCUGCUUGCUUACUGAGGACCACAGCAAAAGCCUGCCCCCUCCCCCCCCCCCUCACAGAGGAGCAGGGAGCACAACCCGUUGUCAGACCAAGUCCAUUCUAUCCAGCGAUCAACCCCCAAAGACGCAUUCAUAAAUUUUAACAUGCUGUUCAUUCAAAAUAAUAAUAUUUGAGAAAAUUAUUAUUAUAUAUUAGCAUAUUGUGCAUAUUUAGGUACUGGUUAGGUUCCUUUGUCGAUUAUUUUUAGUACGUGGGUGAAGCAUUUUCAACAUUGUAGUUUGAACAAAAGUCGUCAGUGAAGCACCAGUUCAGGAUGUUAUCAAUUCGGACGCGAGUCAUGUGUAAACCAUUUUUUAUUCAUAAACAGGGGGUUUUGUGGAUGCAUGGAAUGGACUUUGGGCCUUUGUUUAGAAGAUGGGCUGGGGAGCAGGUGACAGUCUGCUACUCCAUCAUACCAAGCUUCCAGAAAGUGAGAGAAGCUUUGUAGGAAACUGGAGGGCUCCCAGAAAAUGAAGUCCUAAAAUCAUCAAACAACUCUGCUAAUGAUUCUCACAGAACAAAGGAUUCAUUCAAAUGAGCUUGAAACUUGUUAGUACCAAUUACCACCACAAGGCAGCUUGUCCCUUUUCCUCAGUCAACUAGCCACCUCAGUUCUGUUGCCGUUCAUCAAAGUACAGUUUGUAGUCCUACUGGCCUGUCAGAUUGCAGCAAGUAAAGACUUCAUGUGCCUGUUUUGGUUCUGGCUUGCUGUGUGGACUUUGCUCUUUUGGCAUUUCAGCCUGCAUUUCCACAGGGUUUGCUUCUUUGGUACAUUCAGGCAGUUGGCCCCUGAGAGACCUGACUACUAGGUUAUGAAGUUUUGCCUUGGGCUUUUCAAGGAUCUUAGAUUCUCUGUUUGGGCCCUUGGCUAGGAGAGUUCACACCCUUGUUUGUAAGACAUGCUGCAGUCACCACUCAUAGCCUGGUAAUUUAUGCUGUUUUUGGUGUUUGUCAAUUCAGUGAGGGUGUCUCGGAUGGGCUUGGUUAACAUCUUCCAGGCCCUGAGAAUCCCCAGCAAUUCUCUGGCUUGGUCCAAAUGGAUCAGCCUGUCAAGCUUGCUCUCACUUAAUGCGAGUUUGAGGGGUAUUAUUCAUCCUUGUUAGAUUAUGACAAUGAUGCUGCAGCUACUUCUGCUACUUCUUGCACUCACCAAGAAGUACCAGUAGUUACCAAAAAGUUAUUUCAGGGAAAGAACCAGGCCACUGGUAGCCACAGUUGUCAGGUCUAUUCCUGACCACUGACCCUGGGUGGCCUGGUGAGCACCAACAAGUUAGCCUUAAAAUGGCCAACCCAACCAUUUUAAGAGUAGCUUGGUGGCACAUUUGUCUUUCUUUGUGGCAGCAGUAUGAGGUUGCCUGGCACUCAUUUAGGCACUAAUUGUCAAUUAAGACUGCCAUUUUGUUGGCUCUUGCCUCUAGCUUUAGGGUUUGGGAGCGUCAGGCUCUUCCCCGGAGGAAGGUUCCGUUCUUUUGGCCCUGGUGCUGCCCACCAGGGCCAAAAAAAAACUUUGUCAGCCUUUUCCUUUUCUGGCAAAGAAUGAGUUGUCAAGUCUUUUAAAAGGGGUUCUUUGUAAUUGAUGGUUGGUUCAGCCGGAGGUGCAUAAUUUUGUGUGUACAGAUGUGGCCUUUUGCCACUACCUGCAUGCCACUGGUUUUGCCUCAGUGGAUGCUAUGUUGGUUGACCUCAUUUAUUUUGCUCCCUGUUCCAAGACUAACAUUUCUCAGGUCAUCCAUAGUGUCAUUAAAUCUAGCCAGCCUGUAGUCUACCAUUGAGCCCAUGAUGUUCACAAACACACAGAUUUUCCCUCUCUUACGAUGAUUUUCAGGCGCUGGGGUUUUGGCAUUUUAACAGGAUUCUAAUGACCCAAUGUUUAGUCAGUGUACCCCUGGUCCCAGUCAUGUUGCCUUGGGCUGUGCUUCUCUUCAUUCUAGUGUCUGCUGCCUCCUCUUCCUGAUAAGUCCUGAUCUUGUUGCCUGUUUAACUUAAGGGGAGCUACUGGUGAGGAGCUCUCUCCAGAAACUAAGCAGAGAAUGUAAUCAAACACCUCUUUUUGGCAGAGCCCAGGGGGAGGGAGGAGAUUUCUCCUCCUUACCUACAGAUUCAUCAUGGGUUGUUAAUCGGCUCUAGAACUGCCUUGGCAAGUUGACUGAGGGCUGGAGUCAGGCCAAAUUGUGGCAGCAGUCAGCACUAAUUUGGAGCUAGUGUUAGUGAAUCCCUUAUUUUGUGUGAAUUAUUUGCAGAGUUGUUUGGUAGUUUUGAGGCUUCAUUCUUUGUGAACCCUUUAGUCAUCAGAAAACUUUGUUAACUUUCUGGAGGCUUUUUCCAGUGAGGUAGCAAAUUGUCACCCACUCCCUGCACCUCUGUGAGGACCAGGUUCUCACUCUGGUCCUUGGUAAGCCAAAACAGAACUUCCACAACUGAUGUGACCCUUUAGUUUGUUGUAAUAUAGCUUCAGGAAGCCACUGUCAGGCUCCCUCCAGAGAAAGGCAUUUCAUUACAAUCUUUAAUGGUUUUGUCUUGUGUAAUGCAAAAAUAUAGUCAUUUGUGGAUGAUAAUUUAUAAAUUCCAAUCUUUUGUAAAUGUUUACAAGAUGCUGCUCUAAAAUUUUAGAGCAGCAUCUCCAUGCUAAUACUACUGAACACAUCCCCAAUUAAUCCCAAAUCCCAUCAGUAGUUUCAAAGCAUCAUAUGGCAAAUAGUGCCGAGAAUAUGGGACACCACGAGCGUAGCUCUCAUCCUGUAACUACACUUGGGUAAUUACACAUACUGUUAUAAAAGUACAUACCUGCAUAGCACUGAAUCCACAUUACCAAACCUGCAGGCUGCCUGUAUUGUAUAUAAAUAUCAUAUUUUAUUGCAUAUUAUACAAAAUAUCUUACAGCAGCCAUGAAUGUUUGAAAUCCUUCUUAGUUUUAGGACUUCCAUUGAUACUGUAACUGGAAAAUAAACAUUUCCAAAGAAAUAUGCAUUAGCUAUUUUUAUAAAUAUAUCUGUAGGCCAAAGCUGGGAUCUCAUUACAGUUUUAAUAUUUCACUGCCAACAGUGGGCAUGUAAUAGCCAUAUGGGUGCUCAUUUUUUUAUUUUUUUUAACGUGAUUAUUAAAAUGGUUUUAUUUUAAAUUUUCUAAAGUAUAGUAACUUUCAUUUUGAGAGUUGCAAUACUUUUUCACAUUAUCAUCACUGCCAUGUCCAAGACAAAUUUAUUUCCAGUAAAUACUAUAGGUAUGGUGCUGUGAAUGUGGUGUGGCAACCAGUCAGGUUAUGCACCAAUGGGUCUUGCCAUUACCUGGAUGGGUGACCACAUGGUUUUCUGUUCCUGACUUUAUUCAUACCAUUUAUAUUUGUCUGUUAUGUAUGUUUCACGCCAUAAUAAAAUAUAUACAUUAUAGUAUACGGUACAGUACUGUCAAGCAUCUAAAAUCUGAAAUGGUCAGGGGACAAGCCCAUUGCAGAUUUUAAAUAUCUUUCAAUUUUAGAUACCUGUUACUCCCCAUGCUGGUUUAACAUAUGGCAUAACUUUUUAAUGCUCUUAUUUACCCAAUAUAUUUUUUGUAUUAUUUAACUUGAUAUAUUUGUAAAGUUAUGUACAGUAAAUAUAUAAAGAACUAAGUGUUACAAAG